GGCGACUGUCUUUUUUUCUGGCUAAUACCUCCUCACCAUUCCACCGGGAAGGUCUGCAUGCUUGCUGCACCGAGACAUUGAAUGCUGGAGAGCCGAUAGGACUGGAGAAAUCGCGACAAGAUUGAGCUUUGCGCAGUAUCGCGAGCGCCGUACGACAGCUCUGGUUAGGGAAGACUCGAAAUCAAAAUGACAACACUUCAAUCAACAUUUAUUGCUCCGACUUCAGACCGACCCAUCGCCUCAUCGUCCAUCCCUCGCUCAGCCUCUCUCCACACUCCGAAUCGCACGAGAUCGAAACAUGGAUCCAUAUCAGGCAUGCAUGAGAUCAGACGGACACCAUUAAAAGGAUUCUUGUGGGAAGAGGACAGUGCAGAGUCUCCUCAACUCGUCGCUCCGGAUUUCCAUUUUCCCUGGAUGAACGAACAGGGUCAACACGAGGACCGCAGCAUGGGUAGCAGGGCGACACCGAAUGGAUCUAGACGUACGCCAUCACGUUCAGAGGAUAUCGAGGAGAAGUAUCGGCAUCUUAGGCUUUCACCGACAUUAUCAAAACGUAUACGACCUCAAUCUGCGGAUGCUACGGCGACACCGCCAGAUCGGAUUCUCCCUCGUCAUCAACACACUCAAUCUCAGAAUCCUUCAGCCUCAUCGCAACGGAUGGGAUCGCUCGCCGAGAUUCCCACGACAACUCCAAACAAGGGGACAAGCACAACACCGAACUCGUCUGGCCUUGGCAGGACGUAUGGGGGUAAUCGUGUCUUCUCAAGAGUAGUCUCUGCGCCAAUAACCAUGAGGCAGGGUAGAGAGACCGAUGACAGCAAUACGUGGGCAUCCUCAGCCCGUCCAGCUCUCGUAUCGACUGGCUCGUCCUCCUCUGUCAAUGAUCACACCGAUACGACCAAAACUAUCAAGGCUUUAGGCGGGGACGCACAGACCACGCGAAGUCGUUUUGUCACACCGGGGCAUACGGAUCGAACUAUCGGGGCCCUCAGCACAACCGGUCGUCGAGUUCACGGCUUGUCCAGGUUCGGUGGUCCAGCUCGACGCGUUGUCGCGCCUGAGACCGGAGAGGAGGUCUUAGCGGAUCCAAUGUCAGACUCUCCGAAUACCGCGUCCCCCGCCAACUCAUCCACAACACCUCAAGAAGAGCCUCGGUCAUUCCGUCUCUCUCCCAUGUCUGAAGACCCGGAGGAAUCACGCCCUCUACCUGCAAACUCCUCCGUCCACUCUCUGCAAGGUCGACGCAACUCGCCCGAUCCCGACGACAAACCAUUCCGUCCGUUCCAAACAUUAGGAGGAGAAUCAGGGUCAUCUUACCGCCAUUCGACACCUCACAAAGAGAUCUCAGUACAGCCUGCAAGGUCACCAAGAGCACAGGCUAGAUCGCCUUUGGCCCCAGCACGUACGAUCCCUGCCGCCCUGCCUCCAUCUCCACAACCAAUCAAAGCUUCGCGUCCAGCUCCGCCCAUCGACUUCAAACCGAUUCAUCAUCCAGUUCAGGCAACGGUGCAGCCUUCAGCUCCAGCGGAGCCCACACAAUGGAACAACACGCAGACUCUGGUCAAUCCCGUUCCGGCACCUGCCAAACGGUCCUUCAUAGUCAACAACAAUGCAUAUGAGCGAAUCACCGUUCUCGGCAAAGGCGGCUCAUCCAAAGUCUACUCUGUACUAUGCGCCAACACGAGAAAGGUGUAUGCACUCAAGCGGGUCAUGCUGGAUCGUGCGGAUGCCGAGACAUGCCAAGGAUACAUGAACGAAAUCGAACUGUUGAAGAGACUGCGAGGUCACGACAGGAUCAUCCAGCUCAUAGAUCAUCAAAUCAUCUUUUCGAACAAUCGGCCAAAAGUGCUCAACAUUGUCAUGGAAUGCGGAGAGAUCGACUUUUCGCUGCUUCUCGAUGAGCAAAAGGGGAAGAUGCUCAAUAUGAACUUUGUCGGACUAUACUGGCAACAGAUGCUUGAAGCUGUCCACGCUGUUCAUCUCGAAAAUGUUGUCCACACAGACCUGAAACCUGCCAACUUCGUACUGGUGAAAGGUCGUCUGAAGAUUAUCGAUUUUGGCAUUGCAAAGGCGGUGGCCAAUGACACUGUCAACAUUCAACGAGAGCAGCAGGUCGGAACUGUCAACUACAUGUCGCCAGAGGCGAUUCAGCGGAUGAAUAAUCAGAAAGUGCUCAAGGUGUCGUAUUCCAGCGAUGUUUGGUCCCUCGGCUGCAUCCUGUAUCAGAUGAUUUACGGUCAUACCCCAUUCUCCAGCAUUCCGGGCGGCCCACUACCCAAGAUGAACGCGAUCGCUGAUCCGAACCACAAAAUCACAUACCCCGACACGGCGACGCCAAAAGGAGCGGCUCCCGAUCUCGCCGUGGCUGUCAACCCGGCUGCCAUCGAUACUAUGCGUCGCUGCCUGUGCUACAACAGGGAACAACGCCUCACCAUUCCUGAACUAUUGCAUCACGAGUUCCUCCGGCCAAAAAUUAGAGAAUCCGCGCUGCCUGUAGGGUCCACGACUUUGACACGCCAUCAAAUGUCUCUGCUGGUAGAUUACGUGCUUCAGUACAAUCAUCUGCCGACUCUCGCACCGGGAGAUACGACCGCGGAGGAUCUCUUCACCCAGCUUGAGGCUCAGAAUUCCCUCACGAAAUGAACACGGGGCACCUUUUGGUUUCCACAUCAUCUACAUCAACGGCUGAUCACUCAUAAUUGAUUCUUGACCAAUUUUUGCCUCUGUAUAACGAUUUGUCC